AUGGACGUGGGGGACCCCGCUGGCUCCAACAGCGGAUUAUACGAACGAAACCAGUUUACGAAAGAUAGUGUGUCGGUGGAUAUGAUGGGACCGCUUUGCGAGGACGUGUGCCGUCUCAGCAGAUACAUUCUGAAUGGGGUGGAUGUGGACCUAAAACUCUACAGAAACAGGAUACCCUUUACCCUCAUGAGCGAUUCUAACGCUCAAGAGUAUCAAAUAGAAUUACAGGAAGUCUAUUUCCGAGUGUGCAGAGUGCAGGUGAAUCCCGGAGUGCUCGUCGGUCAUAACAAAGCGCUCGAGGUCAGUCCGGCAAAGUAUCCGUACGUUAGAACGGAGGUCAAGGUCUCGUCCAUCCCUUCCGGUCAGACUAGCUUCAUCUGGGACAAUCUGUACCAAUCGAAACUUCCGUCUAAAUUGAUUAUUGGUCUACUAUCGGGGGACGCCUAUUCCGGACAAUACAAUAAGAACCCAUUCAACUUUAAACAUUACAAUGCCGUCAGCGUCGGUUUGUACAUCAACAAUGUCAGCGUCCCCUACCGACCUCACAAACUAGACUUCAACGGCAACACGAGGCAGUGUUUCGUUACGGCGUUCCGUAGCCUGUACGAAGUCGCCGACAAAGCCGAUAGAGAUUCCGACAACGCCAUAGACCGUGACGACUGGCCCCUCGGAUAUGCCCUCUAUGGAUUCCUACUGCAGCCUCAGUUUGGCAAUGAACCUCAUAUGAACCUGGACCAGCAAGCUAACGUGCGAUUAGAAAUCGUCUUUGCUAAUUCUCUCGUCGAAACUGUGUCGUGUGUCGUAUAUUCGGAGAUAAACGAUCUCUUUCAAAUUGAUCAGACUCGUAAUGUCAUUGUGUCAACCUAG